AUGCCUGAAGCUACAGCAGCUGCUGCACAGCUCUCCCUACCAGCGAUCGAAAACCUUCGUCUGCGUUCAGAUCCAUCGUCAUCAUCAAGCGCGACACCAUCAUCGCAGUCCGGUCGCGGUCGCAACAGAGGCAACGGACGCGGACGUGUGCGAGGUAAGAACGCCCAAGGCACCUCUACGUCCAGUGCGCAGGCAGCUGCAGGCGACCACAACAGCAACACUGCAUCAACAACCGAACCCAGCUCCUCAAAUGCAGCAGCGAAUUUAUCACAAGCCCCCUCCACGAGCAAUCCAAGGAGGAAGAAUCGACGAGGCGGUGGAAGUGGCGACAAGCCUAAGAAGGCGAAUGAAGCAACUUCAUCGGCAAACGCUACCGACAUCGAUGUUCAACCUGCAGUUGCACCGGCGCGCCUCGCAGCUCGCCGUCAACAGUUUGGCGGCAAGCUGACAGGUGGUGCAAACGAUGCCAGCAAUUCGAAACCGGCGCAGAACGGCCGACCCAGGAAGCCUGCUGUCAAAGUGCCAGCCGUUUCUGAACCCGUCGAGUACGCCGAUUUGCGCUCUCGUCUCCUCGCCGAACUCUCGUCUGGCGAGUACGACUGCGUGAUCUGCUACAGCACCGUCACAACACGCCAAGCGACAUGGUCAUGCUCUCAGUGCUACUCUGUGCUACAUCUACCAUGCGUGCGCAAGUGGGCCGAAAGCAGUGUCAAGAAAGCCGAAGAGCACAACGCAACGCAGGAAGAUCCCGAGAUUCGCAAUCGUCGCGGCACAUGGCGAUGCCCCGGCUGUCAAUAUGCCAGGGAGGACGUUCCCAAGAUCUAUUGGUGUUGGUGUGGUCGCGUGCAAGACCCUCCUGGUGGACGAGGAGCAAACUCUCACGGUUGCGGCCAACGUUGUAGCCGCGGCAAGUGUACCCAUGGCUGUGCAGAUUCAUGCCACCCAGGCCCGUGUCCACCAUGCGCAGUGACGGUCUCACUGCAAUGCUUCUGCGGCUCCAAGACGAUUCCAAUGCGCUGCUCGCAAACCUCAGCAAAGGAGGCCCGCCUCUCGUCCCUCCACCAGCACGGCACUUCUUGUGGUGACGCUUGCCGCAAGAAGCUCGACUGCGGCGUGCACACUUGUCAAGACACCUGUCACCCUGGCAAUUGUCAGCCCUGCUCCGUACAGCUUGAAGCACGAUGCUACUGUGGCAAGCACACCAAAUCCAUGCGCUGCGGAGACGGCACCAUACGCAUCAGCUUUGACGACCAAAGCGACACGACCUUUGAAGGUCGCUAUGCUUGCGAGGACGAGUGCGAACGCACCUUUGACUGCGGUGUCCAUUCGUGUGCCAAGCCCUGUCAUGCUAGAGAUGUUCAGCGUCCCAAGUGUCCUUCCUCGCCGCAACUGGUCAAGACAUGUCCAUGUGGCGCGCAGCCCGUCACAUCACGCAGUACAUGUCAGGAUCCGAUCCCGACAUGUGGCAACAUUUGCUCCAAGAUGUCGAAUUGCGGUCACCCUUGCCCGUCCAAGUGUCAUGUCGGUCCCUGUGCUCCAUGCCAGGUUCUCGUAUCGACGCCGUGCCGAUGCGGUGAAACCAAGCAGAGCCGUACGUGUCAUCAACGUCGGCAAGAGGAGCUGGAAGGACGUCAAGAAGUGCUUUGCCACACUGUCUGCCAGUCACUGCGUCAUUGCGGCAAGCACCAAUGCAACCGACAAUGCUGCCCACUCUACUUCCAGGCCAAGAGCAAGUCAAAGAAACGCCCCACCUUGGCAGAACUUCAAGCCAUGGACCCAGCUGGUCUGCACGAGUGCUCCAUUCCAUGCUCCAAGCCGCUUGCUUGCGGGCUUCACGAUUGCCCUAUGACCUGCCAUCGAGGCGCAUGUCCUCCUUGUUUACAGGCUAGCUUUGAGGAGCUCAUUUGCCACUGCGGUCGCACAGUGCUGGAGCCACCUGUCCCUUGCGGUACUCAGGUGCGUUGCAACUUCCCAUGCGUCCGCCCACCGCCCAGCUGUGGUCAUCCAAAGAUGCCUCACGACUGUCACGAGGAGGAGCCUUGCCCUCCAUGCGUCUAUCUAACCGACAAGGUCUGCCACUGUCAGAAGCACAUUGUCAAGAACGUACCAUGCAGCCGAUCCCGAGUCUCGUGCGGUCAACCUUGCGAUGCACUCCUCAAUUGCGGCUUCCAUCGUUGUCAGGGUAUCUGCCACAUUGCUGGUCAAGAAUGCGCUCCCUGCGCCCAGAUCUGCGGCAAACCGCGACGAUUGUGUCAGCACCCAUGUCAGGAGAAGUGUCACGCGCCGUCGUCAUGCACCGAAGUCGAGCCAUGCCAAGCCGUCAUCACUCUUCAGUGUGCAUGUGGCAACCUGCAGUCGCGCACCAAGUGCGGCGUAUCUAUCCACGCGCCCAACAAGGAGAAGUCUCUCAGGUGCAACGACUCGUGCAUGAUUGCCCAACGUAACGCUAAGCUUGCUGAAGCUCUUGGUCUCAACCCGUCCGAGAAGGCAGCACCUGCUGCCUACGAGCAUGAGACGCUUGCGUAUUACGCCGUGCCAAGCAACCGCAAGUUCUGCGACGAGGUGGAAGCAACGCUCAACGACUUUAUCCGAUCGCCUCGUGCCGGCAUGAUCCUGCCAGCGGCCAACAAGUUCCAGCGCAAGUUUACUCACGAGCUUGCAUCCGUCUACAAGCUCGCCAGCGAGAGCGUGGAUCAAGAGCCACGACGCAGUGUCAGCAUUCGACGUAAGCAGGACAGUCGCAUCCCCAAACCACUCCUAACGGAAGCAUUCGCGGCGGCUCGAGCUUCGCUCAUGUCGUCUCAGCAGCAGCAACAGUCACAAAGCGGAUCGGGCAAGUCAGUCGGACUCGCACAAUUGCAGCGACACAGCGCUGAAGCUCCAAAGCCGCUCAACGCCAUCUUCUUGCCGGGUGUGUUUGGUCACGAUCAAAACUCACUGCGAAUGCUUUUGCAACCUGUCCUCAAGACCAUCAACUUUGCAAUCACGUGGAAGGGCGAUAAAGAUGUGCUGGUCACUUCAACUGACUCGCCCACGCGCCUUAUCAUGAUGAAGACGGAACUCAAGACGCUCGUUCGCAGGGAGCAGUUUGCUCGCGAUGUGAUCUUGUGCACCGUUGACGCAAACAAGAAUGUGGUGCGAAGAGAAGACGAACCAAUCCUCAGCGGCACUGGCCGCUCAGGUACAGGCUCGGCAUGGGGCUCUUCUGCAAUGAAGCGAGGGGGUACAGCAGCCAGCGGUGGUGGAGCAACGAGCACAGCCAAGCCGAGCUCGACCCUUGUUGGCGAUCGAGGAUGGGCUGCUGUUGCUUCGGGAUCAGGUCGCAACUCGCCUGCACCUGUCAGCGAACCCAUCUGGGGUCGACCAACCAUUUCAGCUCAGCCGAAUGGAGUGAAAACGACAGCUCCUAUCGCCGGUAUCAUUCCCAACCCGAAUGCGCCAAGACAACCUGUCGCACCAGCGCCUGCUGCCGUAGCUCCUGAAGCUGACGGCACUGUGUCCGCUGCGAAUGUGACAGAACCAGAAGAACCCGUGCCGGAGAGCUGGGAAGACGAAAACUAA